AAGUUCGAGAACCGCUUUAAAAAGCGUGGAUCAUUGCAAAAUACAAAUACCUUGUGGAAUUCAUCACAGAGCAAACCAACUCUCGUCGCUCGACGCUGCACGCCACCUCAAAUCCUUUCCGCUCGCGCUGUUUUCACAUCUCCGUCUUCAUCAAGCGGCUGCUCCGUCAGUAUUAAUGAAUUGGGACCUUGAAACAAUUUGAAUUACCAAAUAAAUUUACCUAAAUUGAUGAAUCGGUCGGUGUAAAGAACACAGUGCGUGUGUGUUCUUGCAAUAAGUUCGGUGUGUGCGUGUGUUUUGUGUUUUGUGUUGAAUGUAUUGAACAGGGGUGCACAUUGUUGGAUUUAUCUACGAUGGAGAACUUACCGUUUAAAGCUGGACAACUGGCUGAACUAAGGUCUUUUGCCUCUGGUUAUCGUGGUGCAUGGUUUCGAUGCAGGGUAAAAUAAUUUAGAUGCAAAGAAAAUAUUAGAGAGAUCAGCGAGAGAAAUGGAAAACUUGGACAUAUCUCGGAAUAUUAUGACUACACGGAGGAAAAAUUAAAUUGGAUUAAGCUAUAUCAGCUACCAAUGGGGAAAUCAAAGCGGAAACAUAGCGAAUUGAUGUUGAGGCCACAAUACCCUCCUAUCUAUAAUGAAAAGCAAAUGCCUCACGUCAGUGUGAUCUCAGAAGUCUCAGUUAUUGUUUGUGAUUCCUGGAAGGUUGGUGAUUUGGUGGACUUCUUCCAUACUGGCUGUUAUUGGUGUGGAAGAAUAACACAGUUAUUUGAUGAUGAAAAAGCUAAGAUUGAGCUUAGGCCACGACCUCUUGGUGAGGGUAAAUCUUACAAAGCAUAUAUUAAAGAUUUACGUCCAUCUUUGGACUGGUCUCUUCAACAUGGUUGGACAUUACCUUUGCAGGAAGAUGGUUUUGGACACCCUUGUGCUCGCCUCAUUAAACCCAAUAAUCAAGGCAUUGAAGAUGUUCCAAAGUCUGUUGGAUUACCUGCCAGAUUGCUGUCCUCUUCGCCCAUUUCGUCUAACUCAUCAACUUCAGGUGAAGUGAAGAGCGCAAGCACAAAAGGGGUCAAUAAAUGUGUAAGCGAAACGAAACUUUUGGAAAAGAAUGAUAUGGAACAAGGUGCAAGCCAGGGAUGUGGAGCUAACACUAACGAAACAAGGCAAGCAGAUACAGAGUCUAGGCAAGGGAAUGAACACGACUCUCUGAAUUCGAAACGCUCAUGUACUGUUGAAGCAGGAAUUAUGGAUUUGGAAGAAUAUAUAAACAAAGUUAAAUGGCUCAAGAAGAUUUUGCAAGAAGGGAUUUCAUCUUCCAAGAAUCAAAGAUCAGAAUGGAAAUUUGUGGAAGUAUCCUACCUUGGAAAUUCCUAAGUAAAUAAAUCUUUGGUCCUUUUUGAUUGGAUGCACUACACUUGCACCUCCAUAUGCUCCAACCCACCAAUGAAAAGUUUUUUUUUUAAUAUUUUCUUAAAUCAUCAAAUUAUCAAAAAUAUUUUGUGUGAUUAUCAUACUAUAACACGUAAUAAGAAAUUGUGUUUUUGAGAUCUCAUA